AUGGGUGCCACAUUAUCAGUCGUCAAGACCCUCUUCCUUCCCGCCAUCAUCGCCCUCCUCGUCUUCGUCCUCUUCUCCUUUGUCAUCGUCCCCAUCUGGCAGCACUACCGCAACCGCUACAGCCACUACCUGCCCAUCGACACUCUCUCGAGCCAGACGCUCUCGCUGCGCGACCGCAUGCAGGCGUCUGUGAGCCACUUUUUCUCGCGAGCCACAACCACCACCUCGUGGCGCGACCGCGUAGGCACCAACGGCGGCGACACCGGAAUUGGGGGCCGUUUGCGGGGCCUCUUCAGUCGACGGAACAGCCCCAGCCGCGCGGGCGGCAGCCACAGCCGGGACAACAGCCUGCGCAGCGACGAGCUGCUGUCCGACAGCGAGGAGCUGAGCCUCCACCUGCACAACCCGGCGCGCGGCAUUGAGCUCGGCGAGGUCGGCGAGGAGCUCGGCACGAUGCGGGCCAACAGCGGCGCGGGCCGCCGGCAACACGAGCUGCCACGAGGCGGUGCGGCCGUCUACGAUGCGCCACGACUCAGCAGAGAGCUGGAACAGGGCUUCAUGGACGACAGCGACGAUGACGAGCCGCCGAGGCGAUAG